AUGGAGUGGACCAAUGACACCGUGGUGAGAGAGUUUGUCUUCCUGGGCUUCUCUGCUCUGGCUGGGCUGCAGCAGCUGCUCUUUGUGGUCUUCCUGCUCSUCUACCUCUUCACACUGGGCACCAAUGCCAUCAUCAUGUCCACCAUUGUGCUGGACAGAGCCCUUCAUACCCCCAUGUACUUCUUCCUCUCAGUCCUCUCCUGCUCUGAGACCUGCUACACCUUUGUCAUUGUGCCCAAGAUGCUGGUGGACCUGCUGGCUCAGAAGAAGACCAUCUCGUUCCUGGGCUGUGCCAUCCAGAUGUUCACCUUCCUCUUCCUGGGCUGCUCUCACUCCUUCCUGCUGGCAGCCAUGGGCUAUGAUCGCUACGUGGCCAUCUGCAACCCGCUACGCUACACAGUGCUCAUGGGCCAYGGGGUGUGCUUGGGAUUAGUGGCUGCUGCCUGYGCCUGUGGCUUCACUGUGGCUCAGAUCAUCACAUCUUUGGUWUUUCACCUGCCCUUCCACUCCUCCAACCAACUGCAUCACUUCUUCUGUGACAUCUCYCCYGUCCUCAAACUGGCAUCCUACCAUACCCACUUCAKUCAGAUUAUCAUCUUCAUGCUCUGUGCAUUGGUCUUGGUUGCUCCUCUGUUGUUAAUCUUGGUGUCCUACAUUCGUAUCAUCUCAGCCAUAGUCCAGUUUCCUUCCACCCUGGGAAAUCCCUGCCUCUCCCUUGCACUCUUUCUGAAUAUUUUCUGCGUCUCAGUCUUUAAAUGA